AUGGCCGCUAAGCUACCGACAUUUCGCAUAUUAGGACGGUCUUGCACCGGACCUUCGCUGCGAUCUCAAUUUCGAACAGCCCAAGUCUCUUGGCGAUCAUUCGCGUCUAGUGCGCCUCGAGGAGCUCGCGCUCAAGCUAAACCGACCUCGCGGCCUGCGCCAAAAACCUUUCCUACACACACGAACAUCCCAACAGGUUCAGUUGGACGAUUAGCGCUUAAGGUCGCAAGAGAAGGAGAGGUAGUCCUCUUCCGGGCGCCCUCACAUCGAGCCUAUAUUUUCAGUGCAUACGGACUCUCAGCAUUCUGUUUUGCAUACGCUCUCUUCAACUCCUACGAUGUCUUCACCGACUCAAAGAUUGAGCGCCCUAUGUGGCAGAAGGGGUUGUUUGGUGGUAUAUGCAUCACCAUGAGUGCUAUGGGCACACUAUUCAUCGUUCGAACGGGCCAUCUGGUCCGCAAUAUCAAAGCUGUUAAGACCGGUGUUAAUCAGACCAAGAUUCAAUUUGCGGUCCGACGCAUGAUCCCUUUCACAAAGCCCUACCAGCUGGAGGUUCUCCCUUCGCAGGUCUCCAUUGCUCGCCGGCUGAUUGUCUCAGAAGAUUCGAGACAGCGAUUCGAGAAUGACAGCAAAAAGAUUGGCUCCGCCGACGAACCACAGUCAAGUCUCUUGAAGGCACCUGUUAAGGGGCUGAGUACUGGUAUUUGGAAAGUUUUCAUGUCUAUGCGUCAGAUCUUUACCGGUGAAGACUUCAUCUUAUUGAGUGUUGAAGGUCAGCACCAGUCGCUCAGAGUGGAUUCCAAUGGCUUUGUCGCUGAUGACUUUUUGGCCCUGGGUAACCCGGUUCAAUACCGACGAUAG